AUGGAUCAAGACAAUGAAAGAAACAUCAGUAGGUUAUGGAGAGCCUACAGGACCGUUAAAGAAAUGGUUCGCGAUAGAGGUUAUUUUAUCACACAGGAGGAAAUUGAUUUAAGUUUGGAGGAUUUUAAAAGUAAAUAUUGCGAUUCCAUGGGCAAACCACAACGUAAAAUGAUGAGUUUCCAAUUGAACCCAACGGAUGAUUCUUUAGAAAAAUUCCCAGAGAUGGGUUCUUUAUGGGUGGAAUUUUGUGAUGAAAGCAGUGUUGGUGUCAAAACCAUGAAGAAUUUUGUUAUUCAUAUGACUGAAAAAAAUUAUCAAACUGGGAUAUUUGUUUAUCAAAAUGGUGUCACACCAAGUGCAAUGAGGUUAAUACCAACUGCUCAGCCUGCUAUUAUAGAAACAUUUCAUGAGGGUGCUUUAGUAGUGAACAUUACACAUCACGAAUUAGUUCCAAAACAUAUUAAAUUGAGCCAAGAAGAAAAGCAAAAUUUGCUAAAGAGAUAUAGAUUGAAGGAAUCCCAAUUGCCAAGAAUACAAAGAAUGGAUCCGGUUGCCUUGUAUUUGGGUUUAAAGAGAGGUGAGGUUGUUAAGAUUAUUAGAAAUAGUGAAACUUCUGGUCGUUAUGCAAGUUACAGAAUCUGUUUAUAA